CAUGUGCGGAGGCGCCGCCGGGAGGCCCUGAGCCAGGCGGCGGGGGGACCGGCGAGUUCCCGGGUCGGUAAGGCGGCCGGGCCGGCUCCCCGCAGCCCGUGUCGCGCUGGCGCCCGGGGACCCCCCCGAGAUGCCGGUGCGGAGCGAGUGCUGCUGCCCGGGGGGAGCCCGAGGCCGCGGGGCCGCCGCCAGCCUGGUGCCGCCGCCCCCCAUCAACACGGCGCAGCCCGGGGUCGCCACCUCCCUGCUCUACAGCGGCGCCAAGUUCCGCGGCCAGCAGCGCAGCAAGGGCAACGCCUACGAGGUGGAGGUGGUGAUGCAGCAUGUGGAUAUGGAAAACUCCUAUCUUUGUGGAUACUUGAAGAUUAAAGGCCUUACAGAGGAAUACCCGACCCUUACCACUUUCUUUGAAGGGGAAAUAAUCAGUAAAAAACACCCCUUCUUAACGCGGAAAUGGGAUGCGGAUGAAGACGUCGAUCGUAAACACUGGGGGAAAUUCCAGGCCUUUUACCAAUAUGCGAAAACAUUUAACUCAGAUGAUUUUGAUUACGAGGAUUUGAAGAACGGGGACUACGUCUUCAUGAGGUGGAAGGAGCAGUUCCUAGUCCCAGAUCACACGAUCAAAGACAUCAGCGGUGCUUCCUUUGCUGGGUUUUAUUACAUCAGCUUCCAGAAGUCUGCAGCAUCUAUAGAGGGCUAUUACUACCACAGGAGUUCAGAAUGGUAUCAGUCUCUGAAUCUAACUCAUGUCCCUGAGCACAGUGCACCCAUCUAUGAGUUCCGAUGACAGGCGGACAGAAUGAUGCCAAGUGAAAAGAACCCGGGCAGGAGAGAGCGUGAUCUGCCACGAGAGAUGUGUCCCUGUCGGAGUGGGGGGGACACGCGCUUCUCUUCUGCCCAACGGACUUGUGAAAGAAAGCAUGAAUGUCAGCCCAUCCGACCCAAGGAGCGUGGCUGCAGGAGCUGGAGUCUCCCUCCCGCCAAGUGGCAAUUUGAUCUUUAAUCUGGUUUUAAAGCUACCUUUAAAUGCACUUUCUUUUUGCACAGCUAGUUUCUUUAUCACUGAAAUUCCUCCCAACCCCCUUCUGGAAGUUUGGUCCUAGCUGGAAUCAACACCUUCUCCUCUGAGUAAUAAGAAAACAUAAGCUCAGCACUUAUGGUUUCAUGUUACAUCCUAGUAUGGGUUGAAAUACAAAGAACUGCGGCCGUUCACAUUUGUCGCUCUGUCUGACAGCUCGGCCGCUUCCAGAGCCUGGGCGUGUCGCUGCAUUAGCGAGGCUUGGCCUAGCGGAGAGAACUGCUGAUCUGCAGAGUCCACUACAGAAGCAUUUGGCUGAGACAGACAAGUCUUGAAGACCUAAUGAAUCUCCAGCUCAUACUGGCUAAUGAGGUUAGCCGGAGCUGCAGAUCUCUCAGGAACGCUAGCCACUUCUGAGCUGCAAGCGGUUCCUUUGUCUUGAUAUGCCACGGGGAAUAGAUUAAAUGUAAAGACUUCCAGGCCCUCAGUAGAAGUGGAUCUGAGCUCUGCUUACUAAGUGUAUAUUUGCUCUUUACUUAAGGGUAAAAAAAUAAAAAAGACUUUUAAUAACAAAAAAAAAAAUAUUUUUAUGGUUCCUCUUCCCAAGGACCCUAUGGCAAAUGCACAAUUAUUCAGAAUUACAUUUUACUGUUUUCACAUUGAAAACAGUGAAUGUCUACGUUAGUUUUUUAUAUAUAUAUGUAUGUAAUCAACCAGCAGCUUUGGAAAAAUCGUCCUGGUACAAGUGUUUAGCAGCAUUGCAGAAAUGAUGCUAGUGAACUGUUUAGCAUUUGUACCUACUUUUCAUGCUCCACCAACAUCACUGCUUGAUACCUUUAUACCAGGCAAAACGAAAACAACAACAAAAAGAACAGUGGCUGUCCUACAACUUUGAAACGUUCAAGUGAAAUAACUUAAGGCUCGUGUGCCAAAGUGUGUGCGUGUCUGUGUGUGGGGAGGUUUUUUUAAGACAUUUUAAAAGUUGGCAUCAGUUGUAUAUUUAAUAUGAUACUCUAUGCGUGCAGGGCUUUUGUGAGACAACUUACCUUGCCUUUUUCUGGCUGUUUUAUUUAAAAAAAAAAAAAAAAAAAAGGCUAUUAAGAAAAGGGAGAUUUGUACCAACAGAGCAAAUCAUUUUUAAAGAAUGUUUGCCACUUGCAAUCAAAAAGCAAAGCCCUUCACUUAUGGAGUGUGAAGUUGUUUUUUUUAACUAACUUUUUUCCUUUUCACAGUGUCCGUAUUGUAUUUUGCAGAGGCUGAGUUGAUAGUUUAAGCCUUAAUGGGAAAGCAUUCAGGUCUCAGUGGGCUCUCUUUGUAUAUUCCACAUUGGGGACUUGGUUUAUUUUGCUUAAGAAAAUGAACCGGUUUAAUUUGCUCGGUGACAUAAUAGUCAAAGUCCUGUGGCCCUAUUUAUCCUAGCUGUAAACCCAUGUUCAAGACACAUUUGGGAAAAGUUGUCUAAACAGGCAAGGAGUAGGUUUCCAUCUUAAAGGUUAGAUGGGAAACCACCUGGUGUAUUAAAAAAGGUGAAGGAUGAGGGAACUUAACUUCUUGUAGGUCUUGAUGGACAGCAACAACGGAGUUAAAAAAUGGCUAGAAGACCAAUGCUGAAAUGAUCUCCGAUAACAGUCAGAGGACAGGGUGGGUGAGAGAAGUGUCUUGUCUAGGUCCACUAUUCUGAUGACACAAUGACUUGAAUAAGGCACCUUGGCAGUACAGGGGCUACUGGCUCAUUCCUGUGUACUGGGAGGGGUUUGUCUUAUUUCGGAAAAGGCGGUUGUGGCCACAAAAUAUGAAUGAAGCAUUUUUCUCUGUUUUCCAAACUAAAACUGAUCAGGCCCAUCUGCGGUAACGCCUCCUUAGACCCUUUUAACAAAAAUGAAAUGUGCAAAUACUUUUAAUCUGUUAGUGGUUUCUGUGCCUCUGGAGCGGUGUGCAAUAUUGUCACUGAUACCCAACCCAUCACGAUGACAUUUUUGUGACAAUUAUGGUUAGGCUUUAACUUUAAACAUUGUGGUGGCCACAUGCAGAAACUGGGUUGCAGGAGGUCCCUUGGGUCAUCUUAUAAUCAGGAAGUUCUCCUAAUGUGUUCCCUAAACCACUGAGACUUGAUGUUUCUGAGAGGGAUUUGGGACAGAAGGGGCUCUUCCCCCUCACAUAAAGCGUAUUUCAGCUGAAAUCCAAAAGUUGCAAAGGAAUGAAUUUUUUUUUAAAAGGAUUGUCUUACAUUCAGAAAAGGAGAAGCUUUUAUUCUCUAAAGCCUUGAUUUGCUUGGUUUUUUUUUUUUUAUUCUGAAACUGUUUAAGCUAAGAGGAAAUACUCUUAAUUAUAUUGCAUUGUGGUGAAAGAAAACUAACAAGGUGAGACUUCUUGGGGAGAGUAAGUGGGAGGGUGGGUCUUUGAGUCUUGUGAAAGUUUAAAAAAAACAACAACACCCUAACGUGGGUGCAGAGUCUGAGUAUAUUUAUGAUUAAUUGUGGAACAGGGACUGGGAGAAGUAUUUUGCAGAGCUAUCAACGUCCAAAUUAAAAAGAAAUGUAUUUUAA